AUGACUGAACUACUAUUGCCCAAGUGGGAGGAUUCUCGAGAUGAAAAAUAUCCACAUAUCGUUUAUGAAGAGCGCUGCAAAGCAACCGAUGGAGAGAAGUGUGAGUCUGUUUCAACAAGUGGUGCUGGUUUAGAUGAGCUGGAAGAGGAGUUGGUGAUUGGCCUAUCUCGCGUGACAUGGGAAAAAGUAGAUGUCAGCUUCCACAAUAGCAAGCUUAAAUUUGCUGCACAUAGUAUUAUUCAGGUAAAAGAGCAUCACAUGCAUACUGAAGAUCGGCUCUCUUACUCAAAAAUCAAUGGGGAAGCAUUUUCGCUACCAGUUAGUAAGACUAAAGUGGCCUCACCUUCGCCUAAUUUGAGUAGUGUGAGGAAGGUUACGCCAAAGAGGAGGAGCAGUACUCCAUGGAGAGGGAAGGGCGAUGGAGGAGGAGAUCAAGUGGAGAAUACUAAGUCAAUCGAUUGA